AUUUUCUUAUGUCAUUUUGCGGGCGGCGGGGGUAAGGUGCCGAUCAAUCGAUCGCUGGCAUGGUAGGGCGCGCACGGUCGAUGUAUCUAGUCAAUAGAAAGAACUAGAUAUAUACCGGUAGAUUUAGAUAAAAUCUGGUGACAAUCAGAGUGAUUAAAUCACCAUACGGCACACAGGUGUUAAUUGCUGCAGCGUGAUAACGAUGGGAAAUCCCAGCACAUCAACAGCAAGUAAAGUGCAGAUGCCGAUGUCCCAUAUGCUGGCGAGAUGGGGGCUUUGCCUGGUCGGCACGGUGCUUUCAAUCUACGCGCUGUACGUGGAAACCAGCAAGGAGUCCAACCCGGACUACACGGCUAUGUGUGAUAUUGGGAAGAGCAUCAGCUGCUCCAAAGUCUUCACGUCAAAAUAUGGACGUGGAUUUGGCAUCGUUGGCUCUAUACUUGGUGAACGACAUAUACUAAACCAACCCAACAGUAUAUUUGGCAUUCUCUUCUAUAUUCUUCAAGUUGUAAUCGGUCAGACCCACACCCUGUCGGCCACUAAUUUCCUCAUAAUGACGUCCAUCCUGUCCAACUUUGGCUCCGUCUACCUGGCCUACAUCCUCGUGGUCGUCCUGGAGGAUGCCUGCCUGGUCUGCAUCUCCACCUACAUCGUCAACGCCUUGUUGCUGGCCGUCAACAUCCUCAAGUGGACGCACCUCAGGAGGACACUGACGAAGAAGGCGGAGUAGUUCAUCUUUUUCAGUCAAAGAGGAUAACAUCAGUUUCCCUUCAUGAAGAUGCUAACCCGUUAUUGCCCCAAACCACCCUGCCUGUUACUCCCUGUACCGUCCCAAACCUGCCCUAGCUCUGUAUGGCUUUAUCCCCUGAACAUUUUGUAAGACUGUCCUUUUCCAUUCAAAUGCCCUUUUUAUCCCCCUGGCUGUAAGCCGGAGGGGGAUAUUGCGAUAGUGUAUUCCUUCUGUGUGUAUGUCUGU